CUCCUCUUCAGUUUUUUGCAGAAAUUUUAUUUAGGCCUAUUUGCGACGUCAGUUUACUGCUAUACGAUGGAGAGAAGACGGUUCAUGAAUGAUUGCAAAUAUCAUGGUGUAAUGUGUGUCCCCAAGUUGACAGGCCUGAUAUAAAGAAAGGUGUACGCUAACUAUUAAAACAUGCAAACUAGCCAGUGAAAAUUCUGUCAAAUGAAGUGAAAAACUGCAUUCUCAAUGCAAAGAUGAUGAUGAACAGUAGAGCCAAGCUUCAUAGCCUUACGAACCACGACUUCAGGUCACGCAUUAUUGAUCUGCAGUAUGACGAGAAGUUCUGUGACAUCACAUUUCAGUUACCAGACAACUCAAAACUGACUGCCCAUAAGGCUAUCGUGUAUUCGUUUUGUAAGACAGCAGAAAUGUUAUGUAACAAGGAUAAUAUUGUUGCAAUACAGAUGCCACAGAUCACACCUGCUGUCUUACGGCAUGUUAUGAACUUCAUCUAUGGGCAGAUGAUUGUAGUAGAGAAUCAGUGUAUAGGUGCAAUUUAUUUACUGGCACAAUACCUAGAAAUUGAGGACUUGAAAGCAGUAAUGGCGCCACUGAUAGAAGGCAAUGCAAUUCCUAUCAAAGAUGAGACCCCAGAUGUUGAAGAAAAAACUAUAACAGUGAAACAAAAACUACAUAAUCCAAUAUUUCAUUCCACAAUAUUCAAUGAUGUUUCUGACUUCACGGAGCCUCAGCCCGAAAAUAGUGGGAUCAAAAUUAUUGAGAAUAGACCAGCAGAUACAAUUGUUUUGGCCGAUAAGGUGAUCAAAUCUGAGUCUGAUAUCAAAUCUAGUUGUAAAACCAAGGAAGAUGAUAUUUUGAGUAAGCAUGAUAAUACAAGAAAACGGCAUUGUAAUCAAAUCGGAUUCACACCACAAAGGAUAAACUCUUCUGAUAAUGGAUUACUACCAGAAUUAUUGAUUCCAAGUUCCAAGGUGAUGAAAUAUGAGAAUAAUAUGAAAGCUGUUAUAAUACUUGAAGACAUAACUGACAGAUACCCUGAGCUAAUUAGGAACCAGUCCGUAAUUCUUAUUCCUGAAGAAACUGCAGGUUACGAUGAUGAAUCUGAGAUUGAUUACAAUGAUGAUGAAAUGACAAUGUCACCCAUUAUGGAUGAAGAAGUGCAGAAAGAUGAAUUGAAACCUGAUCAAGAAAAAUUGUCAGGAGUUCAAGAUGACACAAAACCUGAAUCAACUCAAAAUCCAAUGAUUAUUACUUGUAUUAACGCUGAACGUAGCGAACAACCUAAACAGACCAGAUAUGCAACAAGAAAAAGUAACACACAAGAGCUGCUUCCUGGGAUAGUAACACCACUACCUCCUUCAUAUUAUAGUAAAAAUAAAGGAAGACCUCAGGAGACUCCAGAACAGAAAAAGAGGGCUUUAUUAUAUAAAAAAAUCAUGAAACAAAAAAAGAAAGAUUAUGAAUGGGUGCCUAAAUCAGUGAUAAAGGCCAAACGGAAAAAACAAAAGGAAAGGGCCCUUGAAAAACUUCGCAAAAAUCAAGCUAAGAAGAAAGAAAUGGAGAAUCAAGAAAAUGGCAAUAUUGAUGACUUUGAAGUUGCUGAUGAUGAGGUCGAUGGAGAAGAAGAGGAAAUACUAGAGGAACUGUACAGUGAUAGUGACAGUGAGAUUGAUCCAGAUGAAAUUGCUACUGAGAAACCAUUGGGGCUAGCGAUAGAAAUGAAAUACUUGAUGAAAGCAGGCGAUGCAAUGGUCUGUGUGUAUUGUCCCGAAAAGUUUGAGAAUGGUGAAGAGAGGUUUAACCAUAUUGCUGAAGUUCACCCUGAAAGUGAAAUAACAACACUGAACAAAGACAACAUGAAAUGUGACACAUGCCGCAGUAAAUUUAGAAAGAAAAUAAAAUACCUCCAGCACAAGUUAGUCUGUACACCAGAGGCCCUUCUCGCUGCACAGUACUGCCCCUUGUGUGAUGAAACUUACAGUAACCUCAAUUACCACAUCAAGUCUGUACAUACUGAGAAGAACUUGAAAUGUAGACAAUGUCCUAAACAGUUUAGUGUAAUGGACAAAUUGAAAGAACACAUAAGGGUGGUUCAUCCUCUGGAGAAAAUUAUUUGUGAAAUAUGUGCUAUGGAGCUGAAAAACAAUUAUUCUUAUAGGUUUCAUAAAAAAACACAACAUGGGAAUGAGGAGGAUAGAAAAAAAUUUGUGUGUCAAACUUGUGGAAAGUAUUUUGCUUUGAAAAAACAAUACACCAGUCAUAUGGAGGUUCACGCAGACAGUUAUGAUUUUGAAUGUGACCAAUGUGAAAAAAAAUUUACAUCUAAGAAAAAGUUAAGAUACCAUGUUAUAAAUUCUCAUGAGGCCAAAUUGUUCACUUGUGAUCAGUGUGGGUUUGCUUUUCCAAAUAACAGUCGCCUUACAAAUCACAUAAACAAAGUUCACUUGGGGAUAAAAAUGCCGCCAAAAAGACGAAAUCGUAUUCCGAAAUUUAAACAUGAGUGUCCUGAAUGUGAAAAGUGCUUCAGAAAAAAGGAAAAUCUAGUUGUACAUUUAAGAUGGCAUAGGAAGCCACAUAAAUGUGAAAUAACUACUGGAUGCAAUAAAGCUUUUAAAAGUUUAAGUUAUCUAAUCGAACACCUGAAAAAACAACAUGGAGUUGACUACAAAUUCCUUUGUGGUCAGUGUAAUGAGGAAUUCCCUAGCAAAUUGGCACAAAUAAAACAUGUAGCAUCAGUGCACGAGUUGAAACAGUUAUUUGACUGUGAUAAAUGUGAACACACAUUUCCAAAUUUAAGGGGUCUGAAGAAGCAUAAACGAGAUAAACAUAAUAUAUUUUCACUUAUACAGUGCAAAUCAUGCCAGUUGUAUUAUCCCUCAACAAAUGCCCUUGGUGUCCAUAGAACGCUUGUCCAUAAGGGAAAGAAACCAGUUGUCUGUAGAUUAUGUGGACUUGUCAUCGAAAAUUCCUGGUACAGACAGAAACAUUGGGUUCACAGGCAUAAAAUAAGGAAAUUGGAUAAUCCUGAUGACUUAAGUGAGUUAAAAGUUAAACCUUUUAUCCUUGUUAAACAAACAAGCCAUAAAGACUAUCAUGAAAGACAGGAAUUGCAGACUCCAUAUGACCUUUCCAAUCCCCAUGUUGCAGCAAUUGAACCCAAUCUUGAAUCUCUCCUAAACCAAGAUCCUGAAGAUAAUACUGCCAAGUCCAAGAAACCCCCAAAAGCAAAAUUGACUAAGAAUAAGAGUAAUAUUAUCAAUUGUUCAACCUCAAACACUGUUUCCUCUGAUCAAAGUGAAGAAUCUUUGGCAGCGAUGAACUUAGUAUCAAGUCAAAUUUCUAACAAGGAUUCUAUUGUCCCAAGUACUGCUCCCCUCAUAAAUACUGGUUCCUUCAUGGAUUCACUCACAGAGAAUGGUCCCUUGAUGGAACCAGUCACAAAUACUGACCCCCUUAUGAAUUCAGUCACAAAAAAUGCCCCCCUUAUGAAUUCAGUCACAAAUACUGGCCCCCUUAUGAAUUCAGUCACAAAUACUGUCCCCCUUGUGAAUUCAGAUGCAAAUGCUGGCUUCCUUAUGAAUUCAGUCACAAGUACUGGCCCCCUUAAGGAUUCAGUUGUGAAUACUACCCCUCUUGUGAAUUCAGUCACAAAUACUGGCCCCCUUAUGGAUUCAGUUGCAAAUACUGACCCCCUUAUGAAUUCAAUCCUGAAUACUAGACCUAUGAAUUCAAUCCUGAAUGCUGGCUCCUCUGUGAAUUCAGUUCAAAGUUCUGCACCCUUGAUAAAUAACCACCCUUCAUUAGUAGAACAUAAUGGUAUGAUAGAUUCAAGGAGCUUGUAUUCAAACCCAGUAAUAUCUGAAACCUUCAUACGAGCACCAAUUCCACAUUAUCCCCAUCCUGGUGAAAUGGGUCAUCCCUUUCUGCAUUUAAACAACUUGUCAAACAACUUUGAAGAAAAUGGUAAUUCAUUUGGAAAGUAAUGGCCUAUUUCUUGGAAAGGUAUUUUAUAUCGAACGGACAUAGACCUAGGAAAAUGAAGAUACAGGGGAGGGGGAUAGAAACCAUUCCUUGUAUCAUAAAUCUUACUUAUGUUUUUAUUAGGGUAAGUUAUAAGCAAAGACUCAGUCAAUUAGUGAAUUAUAUACAGUAGUCUACAUUACAGUAUUUUUCUUUUUGAUAAUUUAAUUUUUAGAUACAUUUUUAGUUUAAUUGGUUGCUAGGCUAUUUUAAAUUUAGAAAUUUGCAGACAUUUUUGUUUUACCUGAGUAUUAUAUCUUUAUUCAACAGAUAAAUAUGUUUUUUAUCACCUGUGCAAUUUUUUUUAUUAUGUCACCACCAGAAUUGUUGACAUAUUGUUAUUGUGUUCAGCAGCCGACAUCUGUUAAAAAUGGCAGGUGGUGACAUUUUGUAUGUUAAUA